UGCAUCAUUCCCAUUGCUUGAUUGCUUCAGUCCUCACGUAUGUUUUCCUUUUGUGUACUGAACUUGUGACAAAAUCUCAUCAUUACUCUCCAGUUGCAUUUGCGUUUACCUAAUCUUGAGAAUGAUUACAACGAACACUAUAAUAGUAGUGCUUCUGGUGUUUACCCUGUCAACUUUGUUGGUUGAUUGCUCGUUAACAGCAAUACACAAUGAAAAAGACCAAACGGAAACCUCAAUCGAAUUUGAUACUCGUCGAGGGAAAAGUAGGGCCUCUCGAAAGAAAACUUCCCGAAAAUUAGCUAAACUAAUGGACGCAGUUAGAAAAGUCGUCAAGACAAAUGUUAAAGUAGUAAAGUAUAAAGUAAUUUUCUACACAAUGGAUCAUGAACUAUCAGAGGUUAAGGAAUGGAUGGAAAUGGGCUUUGAUGCGUGGACUAAUCCUGAGAUAAAUGAUCAUUUGAGAAAUCAUGGCUGUCCAACAUUAAAGUUUGUUCAAACUAAUGGUGAUGAUUUUGAUUUUACAAUCAAUUUUGACAUGGAGUUCUUCAACAAACUUGGCCAAGAUGUGUCGGAACGAUACCUGUUCUGGCCUAGUAAGCGCAAUAAAAGUAUCUUCAUAAAUGAUGGAAUGGACAUUCAACGACCAUGGAUUGCUCACGCAAUUGCUUACGGAACAUGCAAAAUACUGGGAUGCAAAUGUACAAGACAUUCUGAUAGAGAGCUCAUGUUUUGUGGCCAGACCAUUGGAAGAGAAUGGUUAAUUUAUCAACCAACAGGACAUGAUUACAGGACAAUGGGGGCUGCACUGGGAUGUCAAACUCUAGAUAGAUGGUAACUUUCUAUACCAAGCCAAGCUCUGAUAGGCCAAUUUCAUAGAUAUCGAGUUUUGUAUUGCUUAUUUUUAUGCCAAUUGUAUGGGAACGAUUUUUUUCCUGCCAUAAGUUUUGUUUUAAAGAUCAUUAUUACUGAGACCAUGGGAUUUGCGUUUUUAUCCAACGGUUAUAUUAGGCAAAAUUUAAUUAACUUGGUCGCAUUCAGAAUAAGUAGUGAAACAAAUUUAGUGAAACAAAUUUAGUGAAACAAAUUUAAAAUUGUAUUCUUUAUUUUACAAUCUUGA